AUGAUCCAAGUCCCCACCUCUGGCCUGACGAACCAGACGCACCCGUGCUGCGAGGCAGUGACAAGCACGGGGGUGGUGGUGGUGUGUGCGCAGACCAGCGGGACCGGCAAGGCAGCGGUGACGGGAGGGCCGUGCGCGGCGCCGGGCAAGUCAGUGUGGUGGGAUGCGCGCAAUCCCACGCAGGCAGUGAACCAGAAGGUCGCCAACACCCUCUUCUUCUCCGCCAACCCCGCCAUGGUCAGCCCCAACGGCCUCCGCAAGUUCUACUCGCUCUAG